AUGGAGAGCCCACACGAGCAUCAACAGAACCUCCUCUUGUCCCGCAUUAUCACCAAUGUGGAGAAGCUCAAUGAAGCUGUCGUUGUUAUGAACAAGAGCCUUCAGGACAUCAACAUCCAAAACAUGAACGUGGAGCUGGUAGCUCAAAUGUUUAAGAACUACCAGUCUAAUGUUCUAUUUCAUCUUGAGGCUACGGAUAACUUGAAGCCUCCUAACUGA